UACAGCUCAGCCCCGAUUGCUCCGGAGUGCGUCCACGCCCUGAAAGCAAAGCGAUUAACCAAUCAUUACAGCCGCGUGGGGCAUCACGGGAAAUCCGGGGCUAUAAAAGACCUGGUUGCUAUUUUAUACUCCCCGAGUCACUCAUCCUUUAAGUAAGCAGGGUGGGGCUGGGUGCGCGUGCGCAGUUUUAACACUCCUCCCCAAACUGCCAACUCUUCGCGCAAGCGAGGUGGGCGCUCUUUGCUUGGGUACGCGUGCGCAGUAACGGACUUGGCCCCGGAAGACACGACGCCUGCGCAGUGGGAACUACGGUGACAACCUCUCGGGUAGGGCGCGGGCCUGUCAUGGCGGAGCCUUGGUCUGGGCAGUCUUUCCAGGCUCUACCCGCCACGGUGCUGGGAGCACUGGGUGCUCUGGGCAGCGAUUUCCUGCGGGAAUGGGAGGCGCAGGACAUGCGUGUGACCCUCUUCAAGCUGCUGCUGCUGUGGUUGGUGUUAAGUCUCCUGGGCAUCCAGCUGGCGUGGGGGUUCUACGGGAGCACGGUGACCGGGCUGUAUCACCGCCCAGGUCUGGGCGGCCAGAACGGAUCCACACCUGAUGGCUCCACGCAUUUCCCUUCCUGGGAAACAGCAGCAAAUGAACCUCUCAAAACCCACAGAGAAUAAGGAAAGGCAGCAGAGGGGUCUCCAGGGAUAUCACCAGGUCUUCUGGCUCCUACAUUGGGUCCUGCUGUUGCCCAGACCCCAGAGACGACUGCAGGGGUGUCAGGUUGGGGGCAAAGAGUACCUCAGUGUUUACAGGGAUUUAUCUGCAUUGCUCUUGACUGCCUCCAGCAGCUCCAGGUAUUGGACAAAUAGAGUUUGCCUCUACCCUAUCUGGAUGUCUUAAGAAGGCAUAUACCUUCUCUCUCAGGGGUCAGCAACCAAGUCCCUGGGCUGGGAAGGCCAGUAGUACAUUUUCUGUCUUGCCUUUUUCCCCUUUCCUGAGAUAUGGGUCCAUAUAGAUUUGUCCCUCUGAGAGGAAGCCUUGAAGUUGACCAGCUCUGGGAUUUGUAAGGAAUAGUUAGUGCUCCCCUAAGUAUGAAUUUAGUUUUUGUUUUAUUGUUUUUUUGGUGCCAAAACCUAGGACCAAUCCCAAACUUCUUUGGUUUUGCUUUAUCAGUAGGAAGGUAGGAACAUGACCUUAUACUCUGGCUGCUUAGCUAGCCAUUUAAGUAUAAGGCAAGGGGCAACAAACACCCACCUUCAUGGCACCAAGAGCUCUCCAGGUAUAAACCAGGCUGUGGAAAUUGUCUUUUCCCCAAUCAUCAUACUCAUAUUCCUCUCAAUGCUUCCUGGAGGGAAGCUGGGUGCCUGAAAGAGGCUGAGCCCCAGGAGUGACCUCCCACUGCUUAAGGGCCCAUUAGUUGUGGGUUUAUAUUCCAUCCUCUUACAGCAGUUAGUGCAGAGCAACUGCACAGGCCCCAUGCCCUGCAGCAUCACUUUCUAUCUUGACUUGGAACCACAGGCUCAUCCUAAGAGCCCACAAGCUCCUCCCUACUAGAACCAUCUCAAUCCCCAGGAACCCUAAACAGGGAAGAGCCACAGGUCAGGCCAGUCUGCCACUUCCACAGUGGGCCAGGAAAACAUCCAAAGGUAUGGGUGGCAAACAUCAGUUCCUCAAAGCAGUGUGGCCUGGACCUGCCUCCUUCCCUGAUAGUGGUACUUCUGUCUGCUUCUCCUGGGCCACCAGCUACCUCAGUGUUGCACUGCCUGCAUCCUCUGUUCAAUGUCCUGAUUCUACCUGGUAGACUUUGCCUAUACUGUCUUUGCAACAGAGACUGGAAGUAAGACUAACACUGAACUCAUGUAUAUGUACCUGUUCCAGAGAUAUCUUCAGGCUGGCAGGAUGAUGAUUUCGUAGCCCCAGACCCACCCACUGAUACUACCACACAGAAUUAGGGCUUUACAUUUCAUCCCAUGCAAAACUGAGGGUAUGGUUUAUUAAAUAUGGAAGUGCAUCAGUUGUGUGGUUAUUCAGACAACGUAAGGGUGUGCAUGCACAGGGAAAACUGGAGAGGACAACCUGGGGGCUACUGUCCCCCCACCCCGGGAACCUAGAAUGCAAUGCUUUGCAUAGAUGUCAGUUCCCUAGAAGGGUGGUAAAUGCCAAUAGGGGCAAUAUCCCCACUAGUUCUUAAAAGACCUAGCCCCUCUAAGGUCUCAAGGCCAGGGAAGAGGACUGGACUGGCACUCCAGGAACCCUGUGGACAAAGAACGAUGAUGCUAGAGACAAUGGCAAGAAGGAAGCUCAUUUAAUGUACUUUAGGAAUCAGUGGAGGUCAGGAAUGGUCCCCGGGGGUGAUGGUCAGCCCAGGGUAAAACAAGUCCAGAAAGAGGUUCAGCCUGCCCUAUAACAACAUUGGGGCUCAGAACAAGUGGUAAACCUGGCACUGUUUGCUACUGGGCAACAGGCUGGACCAACUUGGGAAUGUGGAAGAAUGAGUUUGUACCCCCUUAACCAUCCCAGAGUUUACAUAUAGGCACAGCAGUCCAACUGGACCAACCCUCUGUGAGUCAGGAAUCAUUCCCAGGGAGAAGCAACAGACUGAAGGUGGCCAGUACUGCCCAGGUAGUAACCCUUUGCAUUGUGAGAAACCAUGGUGAGGUAGGUUGGGGAGCCAUUAUUCUCCCCCUAAAGAUGAGCCUUUGCUCCACAGCCAGCAAUUGACCAAGUAAGAGAAAUACCAGAAGUGGUGCUUCCUAUAGCCUUCCAGCAAGUAAGGAUGAGACUGGUGGGAGCACAGGCUAAAACAGGACAUUUGGUGAGUUGGUCCACUACCCAGAACUGGGUUCUGAAGUUGAGUAGUAUGGGAGGAGGGGGAAACAGCUGGUAUGGCCAUCCUGAAACACAACCAGAACCAACCUCUACUCUAGCCACCACCUACCCCAGGUGUGUUCUGCCUAAGCUUCCUGACAAAACCCUCAUAGAAUGUUGUCCUAGGCUCCUGGAGGGGAGGGCCAUGCCUUUAUCCCAUCUCACUUGAGGGUAUAGUAGUUUGUGGGCACAAAGGGCAUCUUGCUGACCACAGCCAUUUGCUGCUUCCGCCGCACCUCUACCAGCAGCUGAGUACCUGGGCGACUGUACUCACAGGGCACAUACCCCAUCGCCACAUUCUUCUUCAGGCAAGGCGAGGGGCAACCACUGGUCACAGUACCUGUCCAGGCAGAAGCCAUGUAUCAGUACUACCCUGCCAGCCCAGUGCUCCCACCCUCCUGAGGAAGGGACAAGGGCUGUCCAACUUCCCUGGUCCACCUACCAAUCACAGUACCCUCUGUAUUCAGGAUGGAGCUGUGUGCCCGCAUUGGAGCCCCCUCACACAUUAACCCCACGCGCCUCCGCUGCACCUUGCCCUUCAGCUGUGGGACAAUGACUGUGGCUCCCGGGAAGUCCUUGGCAGCUCGUCGGCGUUUCCCUGGAGUAUAAAACACUAGACUUAAGCCACAGUCCAUAGUCCCCUGCAAAGAAAGUCCUAGUUAUAAGGAAAAAAGUAACAUCCAUCCAGCAUCAACUACCCUUCAUUCAGCUUCCCCAUGCCCCAAAUCACCCCUGCAAUUCAGUCUGCCACCCACCCAUCUCCUGCCCCCUCGUCUUAGAGGCCAUGUUUUCCCCUCAGUUUGCAGAGAGUCCUCAGCUUUUAAUGGGCAGAGCCUCUGUGGAAUCUUCAGGGAAUGGAGGCUCAGGGAGGCUGAAUGGCUUGCUCCGGGCUGACCAACCUUGGCAGCAGCUAGAGGCUCGCCGGUCUCAUGAAGGACCACUCCAACCCUCAGGAUCCCAUUCCUGAGUGCUAGCCCAGCUCACCCAAAGUCCAACUGAGGCUGCCUUCCACAGGCGUGGUAUGUUCAUCAAUGUCAUUGCCAUACAGGCAGAGGCCUGCCUCUAGGCGCAAGCUGUCCCGGGCAGCCAGCCCUGCCAGCUUCACCUCUGGAUUUUCCAGCAGAGCUGUUGCCAGAUGGACUGCACCUGCUGCCGGCACCGAGAUCUGCAUGGGACACAAGAGAGCAGGUGUGGAUAACUGGCCCCGUGCCCAGUGCCCCACUCUACCCUGCACCCACUUCUUAACACACCUCCACGCCAUCCUCUCCUGUGUAGCCACAGCGCGUCACACGACAGCCAGACACGCCAAACACCUCCAUCACAGCGCUGGUCAUGAAGGUCAAUUUCCUCAAGUCAUCUGCCACACCAGCCUGUAGCACCUGGGCCGCUGUGGGGCCUGGGCACAGGGAACCAGUGACCAAGUUUCCAGGCCCCAGUGCCCCUCAAAGCUGAACCAUAGCCCUCACUCAGGGACUAGAACAAGUCCUGAACAAGUCUGCAGGUGAGAGAAGACACUCUGGCCCUCAGUCUAUAGAGUUUUGUGGCAGGUGGAAGGAGGACACAAUACCAAAGUUAAAAAUGAUGGCAGACUGUUCUGUUCCCCACUCUGUCUCUGGUGAAUCCUCUCACCCCUGCACAUCUGGCCUGUACUCCAGUUCUUAUGUGCAUAAAUGGAUAAAUCUUUUUUAAAAAAUUAUGACAGAAAAACAUCACACCAUCCACCCCUUCCCCUUGAUAUGGCCUCUGUGCUAAGCAGUCGAGGAAAUCAGAAAGGCAAAGGUCAGCUCCAACCGAAAUCUGGCCCACUUACCUUGUAGAGCCAGCAGGGCAUUAUCCACCACUUCCAGGCCCACAUCACUGCCCCUGUUCUGAAGCUCUCUGACCGUGUCCUGAAAGGAAAGACAGAAAUACCACAUCAGCUUCUGGAACCACUUACUGAGCACCUCCCGUGUGCCAGAUACUAUAGAGCUGGGCAGAUUAAGCCGUUUCCCAUCUUACAGGUUAAUGUAAAUACUAAAUGAUAGGGCUGACCCAAGCCCAGGUCUGUCAACUCUUACAUCAGGCUCUAGCACUCCACCCUCACUUAGAGGCCAAGGUCAGCUUCACCUCCUACCUCCCCCAUUCCACCCCUCUAAAACUUGAUAUGUUUCAGGAAGGACCUGCUCUGACCUACUAUUCAUUCACUCAGGGAGUCAUUAUCUGAACUCCUUGUCCAUACCAGGCCUGUCCUGGAUAAUAAGGAUACUGCUCUUUGAGCAAGGAAGACAGAGUACACAGAACACAGGGGGCUGUACCUGCAUUAGGGCCAAGUCCUUGUCUCGGCAGCCAGCAUUGGACACCACAUACAGGUACCCCUCAGAAGUGUUGGUCACAAUCAAAUCAUCUAAGAUGCCUCCAGCCUCACUGGUAAACAGCGACAGUGUCCCCUGGUAUCAAAACAGAACAUCUUUGCCUCCAGGUCCAGGAGGACAAGGCUCAGUGUGAGCCAGAAACACUCUUGUACUCACUCAGCCACCACAAACUAGUGAACCCUAAUGAUAGAGCUGCAGUUAUGCAAGGUGCAAGGCUGAGUCCAAUCCCAGGGUCUUAGAUUCUCAGGCACUGAGAAAAUUCUCACUCCUACCCCACUCUAUGAUCUGAUGGGGCCUCUAUACCCUCCCAGUCAUUUCUGAGAGUCCUACCUCACAUUUAACCCAUGACUUGCUGCUUCAACCCACCCAGACCUUCCUUGAGACCCAUGACAAGAGCUUCAAAGUUCAUCUUGAUGACUCAUGUGCUCCAUAGCAGUGCCCCCAAAAUAUUGUGCAGCUGACCUCAGCAGCCACCUGGGGAUCUUGUUAAAAUGAAGAUUCUAGUUCAGCAGAUCUGGGACAGAGCCUGAGAGUGUAUUCCUAACAAGAUCAUAGUGACAAGGAGGUGAUUUAGGGAGUACACUUUCAAAUGGCAAGGAAUUAGGCAGCAUGGAAGGUGAUAGA